CCAGAAUAAUUAGCUACCUAAACAUACUUUGCUCACAGAUAAGAUUUUGAACUCUGGCAUAUAUCCCUUCCUUUUUCAUUUUUUUUGUGACAUUAAGCAACAACACCCAGACUUAGCUAGCUAAACAGAGCACCCUGCAGCUCCCUGAUAAGAAUUUGAACUCUCUGACCAAGAAAAUGAAGCAAAAGGUAGUGAUCAGAGUCACCUUAAAUAAUGGCAAAAAGAAUGCUCGGGCCAAGGCCAUGCAGAUUGCAGUUGCUCUACAAGGUGUGGAAUCAGUCUCUUUACAAGGUGAGGACAGUAGUCAGAUUGUUGUUGUUGGGGAUGACAUUGAUUCAGUCAACUUGACAUCUUUGCUGAGGAAGAAAGUUGGAUUUGCUGAGUUAACGAGUGUCUCGCCAGUCAGUACUGAGGAAAAACCAAAGCAAGAGACCAAACCCAGUGAAUCUGGAAUACAAUCAAUGAUUUGGCCAACUUAUCAAGCUGGUGUGCCAUGUUAUUAUCAACCUAGUGUGCCAUAUUAUACAUAUGAUGUCACGGGUUACAACCAGAACUCUUGCACUAUUAUGUGACCUAUGGGUAGGAAUUAUUUGAUGGCUAAAACUUAGGUAGAGUUUCUUAGGUGCCUUAACUUAGAUUCUACACAUGGUUCUUGAGAUUGAAUUUAUUUUAAGAAUCUAAAGUAAGAGCACUUAAGUAUAGACAAGUGUAGGAAGUGUGGAUUAAUUUUCUAUAGUUCUCGUUCAAUUGUGAAGCGUGAAAAUUUUGUCUUAAAGCAUGAUACGAAGUGACAAUAAAAUUAUAGAAAAGAGUGUUGUUGAAUAAGAAAUUA